AUGCCCUUGGAGGACGACAUCUAUCGCGGCAAGGUGGUACACCCUACACCCCUACCUAUCAUUGCGGAGUCGGUUGCACCUGCAUCCUCUAUUUCGUCAUCAUCCGGGACCUUCAUCACUGGUCGCUUGGGAGCUCUUGCUGCCGUUGUAGAACAUGCAAUUACCCGUUGGGCUCGGAGACGAAGUUCUUCAGCUUCAGUUUCAUCUUCAUCCUCUAGCUCUACAUCUUCUCACUCUUCUAUCUACACGCCUUCUCGCCCUCCCCAGAGUCGUCGGCGCCAGAGACGAGCAAGCUCCGCUAACAUGCGGUCCACACAUUCCGAACGUGAGGUAGCCGCUCGCCUUAGGGUUAGGCAGGAAAUUAGACGCAUCGACAGAGGGUUUACUCUAUACCUACCACCGAAUUUGAAUCCUGAGAUCACCGUGGCUCGGUUGUCGGAACCUUUGGACCGACCAUAUCAAUCUGUUUCUCAAACGACCUCUCUACCUAUUGCCCUCAACUGUUUGGAGGUUGCACUAAAGAAGGCAUCAAGGGCAAAAAAGGGCAAAGGGAAACAGCGUCAAUUCAGCCUCGGCACACCCCCGCUUUCCCUCCAUCAUGACUAUAUGUCUGACGGUGUGCUCAGUCGACCUGCGUCUUUUGGCGAUGUUUCCGCCGCCUUGCGCUCUUCCGUUCAGGGGAAACAGACUCCCGGAGGCUUGCCCGAGACUAAUAGAGCUCCCAAAGCCUGGUGGCUUGACGUCGCCAGUCCAACUUGGGACGACUUACAAACAAUUGGCAAGCUCCUGCAUAUUCACCCUCUUACACUCGAGGAUAUUCUACAACAAGAUCCGCGCGAAAAGAUGGAGCUCUUUUCAAAACUUGGUUAUUAUUUUGUUUCAUUCCGAGCCAUACAGAAUGCAGCCGUCACCCAACCAGCUCAUCAGGGAAUGUCAAGCGAUAGCGAUAUAUACCAGGCUGACGACGAUGCUUUAAGAGAGGCUAACAUAUACUUGGUGGUAUUCAAGGAAGGUAUCUGCACGUUUUAUUUCACCGAUGUCUCAGAACACAUAGAGAAAGUCAGAAAUAGAGUUCAACUUCUUCAGGACUCCUUCAAUAUGUCAUCAGACUGGAUUGCUCAUGGCAUAUUGGACUCUGUCGUCGAUUCAUUCUUUCCGUUUCUGAAGGAGAUCGAGCAACAAGUUCUAGCUGUGGAAGCACUCGUAUUUUCGAGCAACGAUGCCUCCCGCACUUCGUCGUCGACAAACACCCUUGUUGAUAACAAUCAUAUACCCAUGGAUGACCUAUGUGAUUCCCAUACUGGAAAGCUGCCAGAUACGCUUUUGAAGGAAAUGGGAGAAACUGCUCCCAGCUGGAAUCGUAGCCAUUCACUCUCCCAUUUCCGAUUCACACAACCACUAUUUUUCCGACAUUGGAAAUGCAAGUUUCAACGUCUGUGGAAUGCUUUUGCGACGACCCGUGAAGCCAGAACACGAGCGACAACAACAAACACACUACUGCGCAUGGCCAGGGCGAGAAGACUUGUCACUUCCUUGACUCGUCUUCUUGCUACGAAGUCUGAGGUCAUAUCGCAAACCCGCAAACGCUUUUUGACCGGCGGACGACAAACAGCCUCCCCCCAGGGGAAUGAAGACCUUGAAAUCGCUAUCUACAUGGGGGAUGUUCAAGAUCAUAUAUUGACUUUGCAGCAAUCCCUUCAUCAUUACGAGCACAUGCUCAGCGACUCUCACCCAGCAUAUCUGACUCAACUGCGAAUUCGUCUCGCCAAGACCAAAGAAUACACCGAUAAGGCCAUUUUGACAGUGUCUAUGGUUAGUAUUGGAAUUUUAUGCGUUCAACUUCCGAUCGGAAUAUUUUCACAAAACAUCAAGAUUCCGAGGAAUAGCAUCAACCCUCCAGGCCCUUUCAAUUACUUCGUCAUGGUCAUACUUUUGUUGUUUGGAAUUGAGGCUAUUUUUAUUGCUACUGUACGACGCUGGUGGAAUCAAGCGAAACGUACCCGAUCAAAGCUUUCAUAG